AUGAACAAUGGCAGCUGUGAGUUUGGUUGUGUCAACACUCCAGGAGCCUUCGAGUGCCUGUGUCCGCCAGGGUCUAAACUGCACUGGAACAAGAAAGACUGUAUCGAGGCGGUAAAGUGUCUGCCCAAUGGGAAGCCAGCGCCACGAGCUCAACUGUCCUGCUCCAAGACCGGAGGAGCUGAGGUCUGCUCCCUGUCCUGCCCCUCCAACGCCCUGUUCCUGGCAGACUCUGAGAACAGCUACACACUGAGCUGCGGUGUUCCAGUGCAGACAGUCAUGAACACACACCUCCUCAAUCUCCCUCCCUCCACCUGCUCCCUCUCCCUCCCUCCACCUGCUCCCUCUUCCUCCCUGCACCUCCUCCCUCUCCCUCCCUCCACCUCCUCUCCCCCCUCCCACCUGCUCCCUCUCCCUCCCUCCACCUCCUCUCCCCCCUCCCACCUGCUCCCUCUCCCUCCCUCCACCUCCUCUCUCCCCCCUCCCACCUGCUCCCUCUUCCUCCCUCCACCUCCUCUCCCCCCCCCCACCUGCUCCCUCUUCCUCCCUCCACCUCCUCUCCCCCCCCCCACCUGCUCCCUCUUCCUCCCCCCACCUCCUCCCUCUCCCCCCACCUCCUUAGUGGCACUAACCUUCAAACCCCAGAGUCUGCUGGGUCCUAAAGAGUCAGAACACCAGAGUCUGCUGGGUCCUAAAGAGUCAGAACCCCAGAGUCUGCUGGGUCCUAAAGAGUCAGAACCCCAGAGUCUGCUGGGUCCUAAAGAGUCAGAACCCCAGAGUCUGCUGGGUCCUAAAGAGUCAGAACCCCAGAGUCUGCUGGGUCCUAAAGAGUCAGAACCCCAGAGUCUGCUGGGUCCUAAAGAGUCAGAACACCAGAGUCUGCUGGGUCCUAAAGAGUCAGAACACCAGAGUCUGCUGGGUCCUAAAGAGUCAGAACACCAGAGUCUGCUGGGUCCUAAAGAGUCAGAACACCAGAGUCUGCUGGGUCCUAAAGAGUCAGAACACCAGAGUCUGCUGGGUCCUAAAGAGUCAGAACACCAGAGUCUGCUGGGUCCUAAAGAGUCAGAACACCAGAGUCUGCUGGGUCCUAAAGAGUCAGAACACCAGAGUCUGCUGGGUCCUAAAGAGUCAGAACACCAGAGUCUGCUGGGUCCUAAAGAGUCAGAACACCAGAGUCUGCUGGGUCCUAAAGAGUCAGAACACCAGAGUCUGCUGGGUCCUAAAGAAUCAGAACACCAGAGUCUGCUGGGUCCUAAAGAGUCAGAACACCAGAGUCUGCUGGGUCCUAAAGAAUCAGAACACCAGAGUCUGCUGGGUCCUAAAGAAUCAGAACGCCAGAGUCUGCUGGGUCCUAAAGAGUCAGAACACCAGAGUCUGCUGGGUCCUUUAUGA